AUGCGAUUCCAAAGCUUUGCACUUGUGGGUCUUCUCUCAUCAACUGCCCUAGCAGUGCCAAAGCUCAAGCGAUCUAGUCCUGGGAAUGCAGAGCCGAUCAACGAUGAAGGAAAAGGAGCUCCUUUGCUCGGCGGAACCAACAAGGCCGUAGACCUCCAGAACCCCGACCAGCUUCGCACGCCCAAGACCGAUAACGGCUUCGUUCCCAACGUCAAGUGGAGUUUCUCCCAGUCUCAGACCAAGCUGUUUCCGGGUGGCUGGUCUAGAGAGCAGGUUAUUCAAGAUCUUCCCCAGAGCACCGAUAUUGCCGGUGCUCAACAGCACUUGAAGAAGGGCGCUAUCCGUGAACUGCACUGGCAUCGAGUGGCCGAGUGGGGGUUCGUCUAUAACGGAAGCCUCCUUCUCACUGGCGUUGAUGAGAAUGGUGGUUUCACGACCGAGAAGCUCGAGACUGGAGAUAUUUGGUAUUUCCCCAAGGGUGUAGCGCACAAUGUUCAGGGGCUCGAUGAUGAGAAUGAAUAUCUGCUCGCUUUCGAUGAUGGUGACUUUGAAAAGAUCGGGACUACCUUCAUGAUUAGUGAUUGGAUCUCACAUACUCCAAAGGAAGUCUUGGCCAAGAACUUUGGAAUCAGCCCUGACGCCUUCGAUAAGGUCCCUUCGAAGUUCCCAUACAUUCUGAACGGCACCGUCAGUGAAGAUGCUAAAAGGGCUCCCGAGGGCACUCUUAAGGGUAACUCUUCUUAUGUUUUCCAUACCUACCAGCAUGACCCAGAGCCUGUUCCUGGACAUGGUGGGACAUUCCGCAAAAUUGAUUCCCGCAACUUCCCGAUCUCCGAGACCAUCGCUGCCGCUAUCGUUGAACUCGAGCCUAAGGGUUUGCGCGAACUACAUUGGCAUCCUAAUGCGCAGGAAUGGCUCUAUUUUCACCAGGGCAAUGCCCGUGCAACUGUUUUCAUCGGUGACUCUAAGGCUCGCACUUUUGACUUCACCGCUGGCGACACAGCUGUUUUCCCUGAUAACAGUGGCCACUAUAUCGAAAACACCUCGGAGACAGAGAAGCUUGUUUGGGUUGAGCUAUACAAGAGCGACCGCGUGGCUGAUAUUUCCUUGGCCCAGUGGCUUGCACUUACUCCAUCAGACACUGUUGCAAAUGUGCUGAAGCUGGACAUUGAAGUGGUCGAGCAUAUCAAGAAGGAAAAACAGCUACUUGUUCAAGGCUAG